AUGCUCCGCCGCAGCCACAAAAAGUCUCGAGGCGGUUGCCUAACAUGUAAAGCGCGCCAUGCUAAGUGUGACGAACGUCGUCCAAUAUGUACAAUAUGCAAAAUCUCGCAUCGUGCAUGCACUUAUGACACGCAACAAAGCCAGACGUAUCCUCGGCUGGAAUCCUCUGAUGUUCAAAAUGAUGGAUCUCCCAGUGUUGCAGAAAAGGACACCUUCGAAGAUAUCCCGAGCAUAAACAUCAAUCAUAUGGAACUCCUUUUCCAUCUUACUGAAACGAAAAAUCUACCCUGCCUCAGCCUUGCAGACGACGCCUUCACGAACCCCUCUCUCAUUUCACUUGGAAUCAAACUAGGUUUCAUGUUUCCAUUUCUCCUUCAUGAGUUCCUGGCAUUCUCGGCUCUUCAUCUGGCAUGUACGGGUCGUGAAAAUAAUCAAUUUCAAUUCCAUCAGGCUAUGGCCCUACAAACUCGUGCUGUUUCACUAUUCAAUUCCUCCUUUGCUGACGUCAACGAAUCCAACUGUGUGCCCAUACUCCUUUUCUCCUCCGUACUUGGUCAGCACUUUCUCACGAACACAUUGGCGGAAAGGCACCCGGGCGGUCUUGAUGCUUUUCUGUCGAAGUAUAUACACUGUGUCGAAAUACAUCGAGGGAUUCACGUCAUUGCGAUGCAAUACUGGCCGCAGUUGAUGGAAUCGGAGCUCGCGCCGAUUCUUGCAGCCAGUUCUCAAUUUACCUCACGCACACCGAAGGGAAAUACAUGCCGGAAAAUCUCUGAACUGAUCACAGGCUCUCAAGCGCUGAGUGUGGACGAGAAGGAAGCAUGCAACUCAGUAAUUCAGCACCUGCAGGUUGGAUUUGACGCUGUCCUCGAGGGUGAAGAAAAAGAGCGGGUAUAA